GGGGCUAAGGCAACGGCUUCACUUGCGUUACCCUAUAGCCGCCCCGGCAAAACCCUAAUCUCACAUUUUUAAGCAGAAACCUUUCCUUUCCACUUUCCCCUUUUUCCACUUCCUUCGAUUCUCAGAUCUUUGCAUCUACAAUGGUGACCACUGGAAAGAAAACAAAGAAGACACAUGAAAGCAUAAACAACAGGUUAGCACUUGUAAUGAAGAGCGGCAAGUAUUCUCUUGGUUACAAGACUGUUCUCAAGACCCUCAGGAGCUCUAAAGGAAAGUUGAUAUUGAUAUCCAACAACUGUCCUCCGUUGAGGAAAUCUGAGAUUGAGUACUAUGCUAUGCUCUCUAAAGUUGGUGUUCACCAUUUCAAUGGAAACAAUGUUGAUCUUGGGACAGCAUGUGGCAAGUAUUUCCGUGUCUCAUGCCUAAGCAUAAUUGACCCAGGUGAUUCGGACAUCAUCAAGUCUCUGCACGGAGAUCAUUGAGAGUUGCUCUAUCAUUCAUAUUCUUGUAUCUUGGAGAAAAUUUCUUGUAGCAAGAGUAUAGAAGGUUUUGUUGUUUCUUAAUUUUAUUUAGUUUGUCAUUUGACCUAAAGGUUGAGCCAGAUAAUAGUGAUCCAGAAUUCAGCUAUUUAUGUUUUGUUAGUAAUUGAUUUGCUCGUUCUAUCAAUGCAUAUCUUUGUGAGAGUACUA